UCUUUUUUUUUGUUGUUGUUGUUGUUGUUUUAAUCUCGGUUUUAUCUUCUGGUAAAAUAGUCUUCGCUUUGAAUAUUUGAUUCCUGUGGUUUUGUUGGGUCUGCUCUUCUUUUUUCAUUUGUUUAUAGUUUGUUUGACUCUGAUUUUUUCAACUCUUGGAUUGUAGAGGUGGCUUCGUUUGCUCUUUCGAGGCUUUGAAAAAUAUUGCUGGAUUUGCGUUUUGGGUGUUCUGAUUUUGACUGCAAACUUGUUGUAUAAAUGGGGUUUUUGUUUGCUUUUUGAUUUUGAAGCUUUCUUAAGUCUCCGAAACUCCGAUUCAAGUUCGUUCUCUUGAAUUUUUAUAGUUCGAUGUCUGCCAUUGCUGUGAUUUGGUUGAACUAGGAAUCAACAAUCCAUGGCGGCUCCUGAUGAAUAUCCUUGAAACUAUAUAUAAGGAGAGUUCUUCUAUCUCAAAAGUGUUCAUAAGUUGGAUUUAGUGCUCUGGUCUAAACUACAGCGAUAUGUCGGGCGAAACAGAAAGAAGGGAGGAAGAAAACUGGAGAGAAUUGGUGAAGAAGAUGCUUCCACCUGGAGCAUCUCUCCCUGAAAGUGCUAGUGAUCUAGAUUACUCUAUAGCUAUGGAGUAUGAAGGCCCACCAGUGAUCUACGACGUUCCAAGAGUCGAACCCCUUGAUGUAAAUCCUCGCAUAAUUCCGGUUGCAGAACCUCUAUCUGAAUCCCAAAGGUCCAUUGCCAAUAACGGCCCUCCCACGAUUGAACCAAUUCCUUUGCCAGUCUCUCGUAUUGUUGGAGUCAUGAGUUCGCCCACUCACAGUCCAAGGGUAUCAGGAAGUUCAGAAUCUGUAGUGUCUGUCUUGCAAAACCAUGAUUUUUCCUCAGCUUCACCUUCAGCCUCCCCAGCUUCAGUUCACAAUCCUCCUAGUAAUCAAUCUAAACAAGUAGUCAUUGAUGCGAGGAGAGCACCUGUUGUCACUUUUAAUACUGUCGAUCACUCCCAUCGAAAAGAACUUAACGUCGAGAAGCAAGUGUAUCCGGAGUAUGUUGGAGUUUCAAAGGAGAAGAAGAAAAAGAAGAGUAGAGUAUGCUAUAGGUGUGGGAAGGGAAAGUGGGAAACAAAGGAGUCAUGUCUAGUUUGUGAUGCCAAAUAUUGCAGCAACUGUGUGCUUAGGGCCAUGGGGUCAAUGCCUGAAGGGCGUAAAUGCGUCACCUGCAUCGGUGAUCCUAUAGACGAGUCUAAGAGGUCGAAAUUGGGAAAGCAUUCGAGGGUCUUGUCUCAUCUACUUAGUCCUUUGGAAGUCAAGCAGAUUAUGAAAGCAGAGAAAGAGUGUCCUGCUAAUCAGCUUCGCCCGGAACAGCUGAUCGUGAAUGGAUUACCCCUAAGGGCCGAAGAGAUGGCAGAAUUACUUGGAUGCCCUCUUCCUCCACAGAAAUUGAAACCCGGUCGCUAUUGGUACGACAAAGAAUCUGGUCUCUGGGGAAAGGAAGGAGAAAAACCAGAUAGAAUCAUUAGUUCAAACUUAAGUUUCACUGGCAAACUUAGUCCCCAUGCAAGCAAUGGAAACACCGAAGUUUACAUCAACGGUCGAGAAAUCACUAGACUCGAAUUAAGGGUGCUUAAGUUGGCAAAUGUACAAUGCCCGCGGGACACCCAUUUUUGGGUUUAUGAUGAUGGCCGCUACGAGGAAGAAGGUCAGAACAAUAUCAGAGGAAAUAUUUGGGAGAAGGCUUCGACACGGUUCGUCUGUGCUUUGUUCUCGUUGCCAGUGCCACACGGUCAGCCACCUCAUGGAGUGAGAGAAGAGGCUAGCAAUUAUACAACAGUUCCCACCUAUUUUGAGCAGCAAAAAAGGGUUCAGAAACUCCUGCUCAUUGGGAUUGAAGGCUCUGGAACUAGCACUAUCUUUAAGCAGGGAAAGUUUUUGUAUGGGAACAGAUUUAGUGCAGAAGAGCUUCAAGAUAUCAAGCUUAUGAUUCAAAGUAACAUGUACAAGUAUCUCAGCAUCUUGCUUGACGGUCGAGAACGAUUCGAGGAGGAGUUCAUAAACCGAAACAAAGCUCCAAGUUCCCAGGGGGAUCAAGCUCUUGAAACUGAUGGAGAGAGGGAGGUUAGGGAAAGUAUUUACUCCAUCAACCCAAGGUUGAAACAUUUUUCCGAUUGGCUCCUCGAUAUCAUCGCCACUGGAGAUUUGGACGCGUUCUUCCCUGCUGCAACUCGCGAGUAUGCUCCAUUAGUCGAAGAGUUGUGGAAGGAUCCUGCCAUCCAGGAAACAUACAAGAGAAAAGACGAGCUCCACUUCCUUCCCGAUGUUGCCGAGUACUUCUUAAGUCGGGCAGUGGAGGUGUCGAGCAACGAAUAUGAACCUUCCGAUCGAGAUAUCCUGUAUGCAGAAGGGGUAACCCAAGGGAAUGGGUUAGCUUUCAUGGAGUUUUCACUCGAUGAUCGGAGUCCGAUGUCUGAGACCUACACCGAUAAUCUUGAAGCUCCGCCCCCGCCUCUCACUAGAUACCAACUUAUAAGGGUAAGUGCCAAGGGGAUGAAUGAAGGUUGCAAGUGGGUAGAAAUGUUUGAGGAUGUUCGAGUCGUCGUCUUCUCUGUUGCUCUCAGUGAUUUUGACCAAAUGUGCCUUGCGCCAGAGGGUAGCGGCAGCGGAAACCUAUUACAGAACAAGAUGAUGCAGAGCAAGGAGCUCUUUGAGACGAUGGUCCGACACCCUUGCUUCAAAAAUACCCCAUUUGUGUUGAUACUCAACAAGUAUGAUCUCUUCGAAGAGAGAGUAAACCGAGCGUCAUUGAACGUUUGCGAGUGGUUCAACGAUUUCAGCCCCGUCCGACCGCUGCAUAGCAACCAAUCAUUAUCUCAUCAAGCUUACUACUAUGUAGCUAUGAAAUUCAAGGACCUUUAUCAAUCCAUCACGGGUCGUAAGCUCUUCGUGUGGCAAGCUAGAGCGCGGGACCGAGUGACUAUCGACGAGGCAUUCAAGUAUAUAAGAGAAGUUGUGAAGUGGGAUGAGGAGAAAGAGGAGAACUACUAUGGAGGACCUGAGGAUUCCUUCUAUAGCACAGAUGUGAGCUCAUCUCCAUUUGUUAGACAACAAUGAUGAUGAUCUCAACAAAUAUUCCUUGUACUAGUUUCAUAGAUAGAGGCAAAAAAGAAGGAAAGGCAUGUGCUUCUCCUCUCCUUGAAUAAGGUUAUUCUUGUAAUAUUUUUUCUUUUCAAGGUUUUGAUUUCUGCUUGGGCAAUAGGAAGGCUGCAGCCCAAUGAUCUUCUUCUUCAUAUUUAUGUUCAAAAGGAAGAAAAAUGUUGGAUUGAUGUUGUAGAAGAAUGGUCUUGUAACUUUGUAUAGAGAACUCCUCUUAGGCUCUUGGUAGCAAAUCUAUUGCUUCCCAUA